AACAAUUUUACUUACACUGUCUGUGUUUGCUUUGUUGUAGGUUGUAGAUCGGUGAAAAACUGAAAAUUUAAAGAUUUUAAUUUGUAAAUUUUAGGUUUUCACUGGAUUUUUCUAUAAAAUUUUGUAGCAGGUUUAUCUAAAGUUAUUGAAUAAGAUGAGUGUCCAAGUCUUCGAGUUUAAGAAUCCUGAUAACCUGCCUGCGGAGAAGCUUACUAUUCCGGUGACCAAUGCAGGAGUCGUGCAACAAGUCAAGGCCUUGGAUGCCUAUUGGGUGGAGAAGAGACAGCUGAUGGUAUAUGAGCGGCCUCCGGUCACCAGCACGGUGCUUGGGGCCCACGACAUGUGGAGGACCAAGAUGGAUGGAUACCUAACAGAUGUCAAGUGGCUACUGUCAUUGGAACAUCACAGAUUUUGGAGUACAAUAAUCUAUCACUCCCAAAGCAUGGACAUGCUAGUGUCAUUUUUGCAAGAAGCAAACCCGCCAUACAUGCCUCCGUACGAGAACAAGAGUAUACAGAAGCUUUAUGAAGAAAUUAGGAAAAUGGUGCUAAUAGUUUUUAGUAGACUUGUUACUAAUAAGGAAAGUAAAUCGGAGUACCUGAGCAAAGAGUACAUGAAGGAGCUAAUCUAUGACAAGUUCAUCUUCACGGUGCCUAUUCUGUGGGACAUCUGCCUGGUCUAUGGCUCGGACAACGCGCAGCACGUGGCUCGCCUGCUCACGAGUGUGUUCACACUACAGCCAAAAUACUUGGCUGAUUUGGAUGCCGCUAUUGCAUUUGUUAAAGAGGCCUUCAAAUACAUAAUACUGCAAGUGAACAAAGACUAUGACAACGCGGACCCGCCAAACCUCCCCGAGACCUUCAAAGGAUUCAGCGAGAUCCGGAGACCAACCAACAAUGCUAAGGAGGAAAAACUCACAUUCAAUGUACUUAAAGACUUGGUUAUACAUCUGUUGGACACUACGCUGACCCUGAGGGUAUUCAUUGAAGCGUACCCGGAGUGUUUUGAUAUAUUGAAACAGCGAGGCUUUGUUUUAAGCAUAGUCCAAGUAUACGAGUUCGCCAUCCCCCAUCUCUACGAGAAGCUAGAAGAGCUAGGCGACGAGACAAGCGUAUCCUUCACUGACCUACACGCACACAUCGACGCGGCGCGGGCCGAGCUCAUAGACGUGUUCCGAGAGAUACUGGCCAUACCGAAGAACUGCAUCUUCAGUGGCGAAGGCGACAUAUCAUCAGCAGUGGAGCGCUACCUCUCCGUGAUGAUGGACGGUCUCUCGGAGCGGCUGCUCAUCCACGACUACCACUCGUGCUACCCCGUCAACGAGGAUCUGGACAUGCUGCGACAGGCCUACCCUAAUAUAGACCCAGUGAAAACAGACUACAUACUACAAGCAAUCUACUCUAACCUCGACGACCCAGUGCCUGAACUAACAAACAACCACAUCACAAACGGACACACAGAGACCAUAGACUAUGACACCCCGGGACCAUCCACAGACACAGAGAAUAUCAUCCCGGACAAUAUCAGACAGGAAUCCCUCAUCACAGAAGUGAAAGACCUAUUUCCAGACCUAGGAGACGGUUUUGUCCUUAAAUGCCUAGAGCAUUACAACUUUAGCACAGAAAGAGUAAUUAAUUGUAUAUUAGAAGAUAAUUUAGCUGAAUCGUUAAGGCAUCUAGAUAGAACACUGCCGAUUAUUCCAGAAGAUGUGUUGGAUAAGAAGUUUUUGGAGACUGGUAUAGAAAGGUUGAACGUGUUUGAUGGGGAUGAGUUUGAUAUAAUGACGAGAGAUGACAUAGACUUGAGUAAGAUACACGAUGGCAAGAAAAGACAGAAGUAUAAGGACUUGAAGGAUAUGCUAAAUGACAAGAGCGAUAUAAAGAAGAUGACAGAUAUCUAUAGUAAAUACAACCUGGUGUGCGACGAAUCAGCGAUGUACUCGGACGAGUACGACGACACAUAUGACGAGGAGGGCGUGCCCCCCCCGCGCGCCGCCGACGACGAGAGAAGACCCUUCGUCACGCCCAGGGCACUCGCGCAGACCAAUAGAAUUGAGGAAUCGUCAUCAUCAGAAGAAGAGCCGUCGAGACCCGAGGAUCCUCAACCCAGCAGCAACAGGAACCGGCUGGACUUCUGCACGAACCCGGAGGAGAUCCGCGCGAGGCGGGAGGCGGCGUAUAGACUGCGCCAGGGGAAGGGACAUAGGCCGCCGCCGACUAAAACGACAGACGUGAUCGGCAAGCCCAAAGGUCAAGGUCAAGAGAAAGACGUCCUCCACAACCGAGACAAGAAGGAGAAGCACAAGUCAGCCCGCGCCAACCACAACCGCCGCUCCGGCGCGCAGUGGAAGCGCAGCCAGGGGAUGAUGCCCUCCUAGUGUAUGGCCAUAAGGGUGGGGAUGCUGUGGCGUGUUGACGCUGAGUUUAGGGAAGGGACUUUAAGCUAAUGCCAACAUUAAGGAAAUUUAUUUGCAUAGGAAACUCAUUACGCUUCAAACUGCCUUGCUUUGACAAUAUACCGAUAGCGAGAGACAUAGAUUUAAUGCCGAUGUUAGGUUAAUGUUACUUUCUGCAUCUCAGCGUAAGUUCAUCGACAUUAAUGUAGCGACAAUAACAAUAGGUUGCUUUUGACCAGGGACUGAACGAUACAUUUGAAAUUGUAGAGAGACUGGGAUCAUUCAUAUUAGUAGCAUCAUUAAUUCAUUAUCAUCAGUAGGCCUACGAAGUGAACUUUUGUUUACGUAAACUAUAGAAGCUGCACUAUACAUAUUAUAUGGGUUCUGCAUAAAUUUUCCGCUAAAAGUUUUAUAAAAAAUCCGCUAGGGGCGCCACUUUGUAUGCGAAAAACGGAAUAUAAAUAUUACCCGUACUAGGCUUACAGCCCAUCAUCGUAAUUAUGUAUAGUAAGGAUUUGAUAUCUAUGCACCAGACUGAAAUACAUAGCACGUGCUUACGAUAUAAUAUAAUUGAAUGAAUAAAACUAUUAACUUCCAGUUUCUAUAACUCUAUCUUUUUAUAACUGGUAGUUACUUUCAUACGAUUUUGACAGAUUGUUACUUUUGAUUAUGUCAAAAUCGUAUGAAAGUGACUACCAGUUAUGGAUAGAUAGAGAUAUAGAAACUGGUAGUAAAAUAAGAUUGCCUGGUUAGAAUUAUAGCAUUAUUAGAGUUGAUAUUUUUACAAUAAACUUAUGUAUUUCACAUGCACACCCAACUAACCGAUAUAGUCUAGUUACAAUAUAAGCAUGAUUGUAGUUAUACAUAUAUGUAGUAAGUAAAUAAUAUAAUUUAUUUAUGUGUUUUUCUGUUACCAUUGUUAAACUGCAAUAAUAUUUAUAUACAGGGUAUUGUAUAAUGAUAAAAAAUAGUGUGCCGAUCAUAUUAUUGUAUUUAAGAAACAAUAUUUUUGUGUAAUAUUGUGAUAUGUGCCUGAUUCAUAACUUCCGCCGAUAAUACAAUACACUUGUUAUUUAAUUAGUUUUUAUCAGAUGUAAGUUGAAAUACAUUAUUUAUUACAAA